CCGUUCAUUUACAAAGGCCGUCGUUAUAACAGCUGCACAAGAACUCGGCAUAAUCGUAGGUGGUGCGCUAUUACACCCAACUAUGAUCGUGACAGGAAAUGGGGCAAUUGCGUCAUGAGAAUCAGGCCAGUGCGUCCGAAACCAGUGCGACCAAGAUUCCCUGCUGGAAGUGUCUCUCACGUUGGUGUUACCGCUGAUAUUGCGUUCUUGAUCGAUGGCUCGCGCUAUGUUGGUCGCAGAAAUUUCCACUUUGAGAAGGCCUUUAUCAAGUCGAUCGCCCGUCGCUUCACCAUCAGCAAGCACCAAUCACACAUUGGUGUGGCAACUUACGGUAGCCGACCACAUCUGCGCAUGCGUUUAAACCAGUGCAACUCAUUAGGUCUGGUACUUAGAACCUUAAAUCACAUCCGCUUUCCAAACCAAGCCGGUCGGCGAGUCGAUCUCGGAUUACAAGCUUCUCUCCGAUAUUUUUUUGCAAGGAGGCCGACGUACUCUUUCGUCCGAAAGGUCUUGGUGGCGUUAGUCAGCGGCAAGCAGACUGCAAGAUCUUCCUACCUUAUCAGUAGGCUUCCAUCCCAGUUCAGGCGUUAUGGCGUUAAGGUGUUCAUUAUUGGGGUUGGUUAUGUUGAUCAGCGAUACCUGCGACCCUUUACCUACAGGAACAAGCACGUGUAUGUCGUUCGCUCGUACAGCAGCCUGGUCGCUAGAGCGGGUACAAUAGCCAAGGCUAUUCACCUGGAAAUGAAUAUUGAACGCGAACGAUACCACGAUCUACAGAAGCGGCUCAACUUUGAAGCCGGCCGAAACAGCAAUGAAAUACAAGGAGAACCGCUCAUCGAUGAAACCAUGAAGGAAGGCAACGGAGAACUAUACAUUAAUGGGACGCAGAUGGAAGGCAACGGCGAACAAUACAUCAUUGGGACGCAGAUGGAAGGCAACGCAGAACGAUUCAUCAAUGGGACGCAGAUAGAAGGCAACGCAGAACAAUACGUCAACGGGACGCAGAUGGAAGGCAACGCAGAACGAUACAUUAAUGGAACCAGGAUGGAUGGCAACGGAGAACGAUACAUCAAUGGGACCCAGAUGGAAGGCAACGCAGAACAAUACAUCAAUGGGACCAGGAUAGAAGACAACGGUCGACAAAGAAACGGAACGGAAUUUUUUAAAACCUUGUAGAUGAACCACAUAAUACGCAGUAGACAUGAUGGCACUCUAUAUAUACAGGAUUAAACCUUCCUUAUUGAAAUUGCAAGUGUACAGUCACUGAGGCGUUCUUUGUAGGAAUUGUUGCGUUACACAAAGCUUUGUGUAGUGCAACAUUGCAGACCAGGCAGAGCGUUGCCUACUUGUAUACAUAAGGCUAAGGUGUCUUAAUUCAAGAUCAAUUGAUUCGGACCGAAAUUACCAGUAGUUGAUUGGAUUUUCCUGUAUCAAAGGUGUCCUGUUUUAGUUAACACUUACCACUUACGUUGUCAGUUUAGCAAAUGGAAUAAAAUUUCAUUGAUAUUCAAUGUCAACAACUAGUGUGCCGUUUUUUUCUGGAGGGGGGAAAUUCAAGAUUUUUUUAAUUGGGGGUUGUUACUUAUGGAUCACGACAGGUGUUAUAGAUUGAUUCAAGUAUAACAACCUACUAGUAACGUCAGUCCGUUGUCCCAGGGCAGUUUGUGUGAUCACAAUGUGCAGGUCUCGACAAUUUGCGAGAUGAGGACGAAUGGCGAUGCUAUAAGAAAAAAUUAAAUGGAAUUGCAUUGAUACGCCAUAAUUCUUGGUUUGUGGCUGUAAGCUUUCCAUUGUAAAGAGUGUUAGCCCUAAUGAACAUUUGGGCAGAUAGUUUCUCUGCCUCUUUAGCAGUGCAUGAAUCCUCACUAUACGACGAGACAGUAUGCGGAAAAAUUAUCUUAAAUUUCGUCUGCCAGAAAUACAUGGAAAGAUUUUUAUCUUUGCAGACAAAGUUCCGAUGCGAAGUUCGUGCAAAUCACACUCUCUCUAGAUAUAACGUUUCUUCGAAGACCUCAUUAACAGCCUAACUUUGCUUAAAUUGACUUCUUUGAAUUGAAAGUCAGUAUAUUUUCUAGAUUUGUUCCUUAUUAUUGCAUUUAAAAGCAUAUAUAUUUUAAAAAAUGUUCUCAGCAACCGAAAGUAUUCAGCCUGUCUCAUUAGAGACUGUUGAUACAUAAAAACUUAAUAGGCCUUUCAAAAAAUCAACUGGGAUAAAAGUAUCAAAGUCUAUCUUGAUAUUUAGCGGCAGCAGACGUUGUAAUCUUUCAAGGGAGCGUUACAUCUCCCUGUCGGUAUCGCCGGUCAUCUGGUAGGCUGCGUUGACAAGGCCACAUU